AUGAGUCAUUCUGUUAGCAAAAUUGAGUCUAAAAUUGUGGGCGGCGAGGUGGUUGAUAUUGAGAAAUAUCCAUUUACCGUUCAGUUUCUGAAUUCGGAUAGACUUUGUGGUGGAGUGAUUCUCAACAGUUGGUCGAUUCUGACAGCUGCACAUUGUUUAGUAUUCAGCACUGAUAUUAAACGUACAAAUUAUGUUUACGAUUUCACCGCUGAUAGGUACAAGGUAUUGACAUUUGUGAUGCACGAAGAGUACAGUGAUGAGGAGAUGUUUUCAUGCGAUAUUGCGUUGGUAUUCCCUGAGAAAUCAAUACAGUUCGGUACUCGAACACAGAGGGCCAUUCUUGUGAAUCACUGUAAAUGGAUGAAUGAACGACAGGAUAACUUUACCGUUACUGGAUGGGGUUAUACCCAGGAGGAUGGUGAAGUAUCAGAUGUUGGUCUUCAGAUGGCUCGUUUAAAGUAUGUGAUGCCAAAAGAUUGUUCCAAGUUAAAUGACGGCUACAAGCUUACUAAAGAGAUGUUCUGUUUGUAUGGAGACGGAAAACGUGACGUUUGUCGUGGAGAUUCUGGUGGUGCAGUUCUUUGGAACAAUAUGUUGGUUGGUAUCACAUCGCACGGCCAAGGAUGCGCACGUGUAGGUAAACCAAACAUUUACACAAACCUCUGGGUGUUAAGAAAUUGGAUCGAGAAACAUUUUAUGAAGUUUAAUGAGGACUACUGCAAUGGCAAAUUCAGAGCUAGAAGAAACUCUUUUCACGAAAUUGGUGCAAAAUAUGUGUACGAUAUGCACGCACAGAGGUACGAUGUAUGGACAUUUGUGAUGCAUGGAGAUUACAGUAAGAAGCAGAUGUUUUCAUGGGACAUUGCGUUGGUAUUCACCGAGAAACCAAUAAAGUUCGGUACUCGAGCUCAGAGGGCCAUUCUUGUGAACAACGAUAAAUGGAUGAAUGAACAGGAGGACAACUUUAUUGCCAUUGGAUGGGGUUAUACCCAGGAGGAUGGUGAUGUAUCAGAGGUUGGUCUUCAGAUGGUGUCUUUAAAGUAUGUGACGUCUGAAGAAUGUUCCAGGUUACAUGACGACUACAAGUUUACUAAUGACGUGUUCUGUUUGUAUGGAGAAGGAGAACGUGACGUUUGUAAAGGAGAUUCUGGUGGUGCUGUUGUUUGGAAUGAUAUGGUGGUUGGUCUAACAUCACAUGGCGAAGGAUGCGCACUUGUAGGUAAACCAAGCAUUUUUACAAACCUGUGGGUAUUAAUGUGUUGGAUCCAGAAACAUGUUAAGGAAUUUUAUGAUGACUAUUGCCAACAAGAAGUUAAAACAAAAGGAGACAUUUUGCACUAG